ACCCACUGACUUGUAGUCUUUAGAGGAACAAAAAGCAAAAGACCACAUUGUUAAGUAGGAAUAAAUUACAGAAAAUCCCAGCAGCUCUCUGUUUCCAGCAUGUGUGUUUGGUGUUUGUAAAAUCAGGAGACAAUCAUAGCCAGACUACAAGUGCAUUUAACCUUCUUUGGGGUAAGUUUCCUUUAAUUACUCCAUCAUAGACUCUGACGGAAAAUCCUUUCUCCUGGCUCUGCUGUUACCGGGCCAGUAAAUAGUGAUUCAGAUCGCAUGUAACAGGCUGCAGCCGACGACUCAUUUUUUCCGACGACUUCAGGCACCAGAGGAGCGUCGCAGCACUCUCUCACUGCUUCGUCGCUGGGGUUUCUUUGCAAGUUUGGACAUGCUCCAGGGGGCAGUGAGCAGGGCUGUGCUCUGCCUCCUGUUGGGGGUCUGCUUCCCAGCAGAGGGUGCAGGGGCGGCAGAGCCUCUUCCUACUUUUCCCCCUGAACAAGUGUCUGGGGAACCAGACCUUGAGGAUCUGGAGUGGGGCUCUGGAUCAUCUCUUCUACACCUGCUUCACAGCUUCCCUGCUGAUAGCCCCUUCAUAACAGAGACCCCAGGAAAACCAGUCAACUGCACCCAGCGCUUCUGGUUACCGCCAUCCCCUGCAAUCUGCUGGGAGAACAUAGCCGGACCCGAAGAGUUUGCCAGGUCCCGGCUGCUCGUUCUCCAGAACAGGGCUGCCCUGCAGGCUGUGUCCACCUCCAGCGGUGUGGAGGAGGGAGGGAGCUCCUAUGAACACCAAGCCAGAGAGGAGGUGGAGGGGAUCCACUCAGACCACCUGAGUGUGGUGGAAACUAUGCAGACCAUGGAGAAGGUGUUUGUCUCUCUGGCGGAAAAGAGGAGAGAAGGAACAGAGCAGGGGCUCCUCACAAGCAUGAAGGAGCAUCUUGCCAACACAAGGGACGCCAUAGAUGGAAGAGAGCAUAUGGCGAACGUCCUGGAGAAUCAUUUUUCUACUUUAGAGAAGACUCUGCUCAACAUGCAGCUUCGACUCUACAAACUCAUGCAACAAUGACAGCGACAAGGACCUGUUGCCUCUUUCUUCCCUUAUUUGAACUGUAUUUAUAUAUCCACGUAUUGUACAACAAUGUAGCAAAAGCAUGCAUGCUCAGGACUAUUAUCCGUAUUAUGAGGACAAAACAUACUUGUUAUAUCAUCUUAUGUCAUCAAAAACAUCUGUAACAUCAUGUAACCUGGAUUCAGCAGAAAUAAAUAAACCUCACAUUAUCAGGGA